GCAGCCCUAGUUUUCUAUCACCUUUACUGGAAAGACAGAUACAAACCAUCGAUGUCUUGUACGCAACAAUUUUAUUUCCUUCGGCUCGGAUAAAUCCAAAGUGUCCCUCUUCUAUCUCCCUGAAUCCAAUUCCAGGCCGAUGGCUUCUGCACUUCUGUAAAAUUCUUCGUAAUCUGGGUUUCUACUAUCCAUGGCACCUUCUACUUUGUUCUUUAUAAGCGUCUUACUACUCGUUCCUGUAAUUGCACAAGUGCAAUCCAACGAGGAAGGCUUCGUUUCCGCAGUCAUCUCUCAGAAGGGUCUUGAUUUUGCCAAGGAUAUAUUGAUAGAGAAAGCAAUUGCAUCCUUAACACCUCUUAACUUGCCCCGAAUCCAGAAGACUAUGAAAAUCCCUUUUGUAGGAAAUAUUCAGCUAGCCCUAUCUAACAUCACGAUCUAUCGGGUCGAUGUUUCUACGUCGACCGUCAAGCCCGGCGACACGGGUGUAGCAAUUGUUGCCUCAGGUGCCACCGCUAAUUUAAGUAUGAACUGGUAUUAUUCUUACAGUACUUGGCUCAUCCCUCUUGUUAUCUCAGAUAAAGGUCACGCCUCUGUUGAGGUUGAAGGCAUGGAAGUGGGGCUUACUUUAGGCUUGGAGAACCAAGAAGGAAAACUAAAGCUAUCUCUCAUGGAAUGUGGUUGUUAUGUGAAAGAUAUUUCUAUAACUUUGGAUGGUGGAGCAUCUUGGCUUUACCAAGGAUUUGUGGAUGCCUUUGAAGAACAAAUAAGUUCUGCAGUGCAAAACACUAUUACCAAAAAGAUCAAAGAGGGGGUUGUGGAGCUUGAUUCCUUAUUGAAUACUCUUCCCAAAGAAAUACCAGUGGAUGAGAUCACCACUUUGAAUGUCACAUUUGUUAAUGAUCCUUUGUUAAGUAAUUCAUCCAUUGAAAUUGAGAUUGAUGGAUUGUUCAUGGCAGCAGAUGAGGUUGUAAAUCCCAGCUAUUAUCAUAAGAAUUCAAAAUCUCCAGCUUCCUGCAAAGAUCCCCCUAAGAUGCUUGAGAUUUCAUUAGAUGAAGCAGUAUUUAACUCUGCAUCAGAUGCAUACUUCAAUGCAGAUUUUAUGCACUGGAUUGUCGACAAAGUACCAGAUCAGUAUCUUUUAAACACUGCUGGCUGGAAAUACAUUGUUCCUCAAUUGUACAAGAAGUACCCAAAUGAUGACAUGAAUCUGAAUAUAUCUGUAUCUUCUCCCCCAAUGAUAAGGAUAUCACCUCAUAAUAUUGAUGCUACCAUUUAUUCAGAUAUGACAAUUGAUGUUUUGGAUGCUAAUGAAACAAUACCAGUUGCAUGCAUCUCAGUGGUAGUUCGCACAUCAGUUUCCUUGGAAAUCAUAGGGAACAAUUUGGCGGGUAAUGUUGGAUUGAAUGACUUUUCUCUCUCAUUGAAGUGGAGCAAAAUUGGUAACUUCCACAUGUACUUAAUUCAGUCAGUGAUGUGGACGUUACUCAAAACAGUAUUCUUGCCCUAUGUGAACUUACGCCUGAAGAGAGGAUUUCCCUUGCCUAUUCUUCGUGGCUUCAACCUUCAAGAUGCUAACAUUCUUUGCACCAAUUCACGAAUAAUUGUUUGCAGUGAUGUGGCUUUUUCAGGUUUAUACUAUCCUAAAUGAUUUCUUCGAUAUGAAUAGAUAUGUCAUAUCCUUUGUAAUAGGGGUGUAAAUGCUGUAAAUUUGUGAUAUAAAUAGGGAAAGAAACAAGAUUCCUCACUCCA